UCACUUCCUUCCUCCCACCAUCGCCUAGAGCUGCCACCAUGGAUUCAUCAGACCGCAGACGGGUGCCCUGGCCUUUACAGCUCCUCCUGACUCACCCUCAAACCGACCUCCAGUCAGAGCUGGCCCUGGGUGCCCAGUGUGAGGUCAGCCAGGCCUGGGCUGGGCAUGCCCUUCGCUUCCUUCAUUCCAAGCCAUUGUACAGAGGUGAAAGCUGAGGCCCGAGGAGAGAGCUUCCCGAUGCCUGCCUGGGGGGCCCUGUUCCUGCUCUGGGCUGUGGUGGAGGCCAACAAGGACUGCCCCGAACGGUGCAUCUGCCAUCCCCUGGAGACCAUGGGGCUGGGGGUAGACUGCUCAGGCCAGGGGCUCACAGCACUGCCCGCCCUGCCUGUCCACACCCGCCACCUCCUGCUGACCAACAACAGCCUGCGCGAGGUGCCCCCAGGUGCGUUCGACCACCUGCCCCAGCUGCAGACCCUCAACGUGGAACAGAACCCCUGGCACUGCGACUGCAGCCUCACCUACCUGCGCCUCUGGCUGGAGGACCACGCACCUGAGGAACUGCACCUCAUUCGCUGUGCCAGCCCCAGCCUAGCCACCGGCCGCCCACUGAGCCAGCUGACUGGCUAUGAGCUGGGCAACUGCGGCUGGCAGCUGCAGACCUCCUGGGCCUCCCUUGGCAUCUGGUGGGACAUCGCACUGGCUGCCGUAGCCAUUCUGGGCCUGGUGCUCCUGGUUGGCCUGCUGUGCCUUACCACUGGGCCCUGGCACUGAGCCCUGCCCCCUCACCCCUAGGCUACAGCCCACUCCCCAGGCCCCUAGCCCUGGUCAGCCCAGCCACCAGUAGCCCAAAAUAAAACAGAUGCUCUGCUGUCUUAUCUAAGCUCAGAGACCUUUUUUCUUCCUCUCGACACCCGAGUCUGGUGCCUUCUGAAAUCAAAAACCCGUUGCCUUCGAUUUGACUCCACUCAUGGCGACUCCGUGUGUGUCAGAGUAGAACUGCUCCACAGGGUUUUCAAUGGCUGUGCCCUUUCAGAUAUAAAUUGCCAGGCCUUUGGUUCCAGGCACCUCUGCGUGGACUCAAACUGCCCACCUUUCAGUUAGUAGCUGAAUGCAUUAACCACUUCUACCACCCCAGGACGACUCCUUCUGGAAACCUGGAUUCAUUUUGUCGUAAGCAGAUGUCAGCUGGGGCAUCUCUGUCCCUCAGGCUCUUGGUAAAAUGAGCUGUCCCGCUCCACCCUGCCAAUUCCACAAUCCCUGGGUGUUCCAAGCUAGACCCUAGACCUGCCAGGUCCUGGGGACCUGGGUUCUCAGCCCUCCUGUCUCCUGGCACCUGCUUCUCCCUGGGCUGUCCCCAGCCAGUUUCUUAUAAAUAUUUGGCCCUCUCCAAGUUCCCAAAAAACUUGUCCUCACAAUGCGGCAGGGAGUGGAGUAGACUACGCUGAAGACCGCAGCGGAGAGGAGAGGACAGA